AUGGUUGGCCUGCAAGUGCAAGCUUUUGAGGAGUCUCAACGGCUUCAGAUGUGUGGGCCCAAUGUCUCCGGUGGCCGAGAAACAAAACAUUCUGCUCAGUAUUCUCAAAUCCAGUCCAUUACGGUCGCCUGUGGGAGGACACGGCCUGAGCUGAUUCUGCCUUCGAUGAACCCAUGCUCCAUGAACGGACUCUCUUCUGUCCGUCCGGGAAUCCAUUUCCAGCCCGGACUCACCCGCCCGGUUUCGAUAUGCCCUAGGCUACUCUAUCAACGCUAUGUGUUUCUGGAAUGGCCCGGAUGUCAUUUUGGUAUUCAAGAAUUCCGGGUUUGUUUCGUCCCAUCCGCGGUCAACCUCCACGUGCGGUAUCCCCCUGUCUAUAUCCAAAGUGCCACUGUUGCGGCUUACCGCCAUCGCCAACCUUGUGAUUGCCUUACAACCAUCCCGAUGUCGCCAUUUAACGCUUUGGAUGGAGGAGGCGGGUGGUUAGAGUCGCGGGUCGACACACGAUGGACGCCGGAAAGUGAUUCGAGCCGGGCAGGCUAUGGCAUGCUUCAGUCGGCGACGACCCCGGCGGAUUCACAGACCUUCACCCAAUUCCGGUUUGCCGCCGCCAAAUCCAUCAGAACAUCCACCGUCAUUUUGGCCUCUUUCAACACCAUUGCAGCUUUUGCGACAGCUGUUGGAAUUCUGGUCGAUACCUACCAUCGCGAGAAGAGGGAGAAUAAGAGGUUUAGGUUCAGUCGGAAUGGCUUCUCCUUUGUUCCCGCGACCGAAGCGUUUCCACUUAUCCUAUCAGUCGGUAUUGUUGUCCAAGGCAUCACAUUCGCCGUGGCUCAGUCAACGGGACUCGGCUCGCUCUUCGGAUCCGGAUGCACCUUGAUUGCCGUGUUCAUGCUUCCUGCUGUUUUCAUCGUUCCAUACAUCCAGUUAGUGUUCGGACUUGAAGUCACAAUAAGGAGCCUGCUAAAGAAGCCAUUUGCUCCGCGAGGGAGGUGGAACGUGACAAUCUGCCUUUCCGUGGUUGGCCUGCUUCUGCUUUUGAACUUAUUGGUGGCCAUUUUCGAUCGUUCGUCCAAUUUUUGUCUUACUUCGCUGUUCUGUGGGUAUUUCUGGUCUGCUCUUGGUUUGCGUCGUGGUCAUCUUCGUGAGAGCUGCGGCUUCACGGAUGGUUUAUUAUAUGACACUAGCGAUCAUAUCGGAGCUUUUGAUGGCCAACGAAGGCACGCUCUCAACUUGUCCAUGGUAACUACUGUGGUCGCCAAUAUCUCGGGAUUGAUGACAGGAGGCCUAUACCUGUUCUUGAAAUCAAACACUAUAUCCACGAUCGGUCCGAAGAACAAGGAUGCCGAUUACGAGAAUCGAAGGGAAGGGUACAAUAAGACUGAACGCUACGAGUCCGGUGGACUGGACUUCGACAGUCACAUCAUGCGACCGGUGACGAGCCCCGGACAAGUUCGCCGCAUGGGCAGCAACGCAAGUCUACUAAGGACGGCCAAAGACAAAGCAGAAAACAGCCCCACGACACCAACCUUUCUUUUCCGUGCACCAACGAUACCACAGCACGCGCAGACACCCUCUGCCGCCAGCCACAUGCGAAAAGAGUCCUACUCGCUCUUCCCAAUCCGCCCAUCAACCACAAGACCAUCUGCCACCCCACUACCAUCCAUAACUUAUGCACCAGCUGCCUCCCAACUUGCGGACGCCGAUACCCUCAAACCGCCACCAUCAAUGGGCUUCCUCGCCGCCCGUGGACACCGACGGAACUCUUCACUGUGUUCAUCAGCAACAGUCCAAAUCGGUCUGCGUCUCUCAUCAGUUGAGGACGUGUCUCCACUCUUGAGCCCAGGUACCGACGUUCACACCAUCAGUUGCCCAAAGCACAAUCAGAAGGACACGAUGAAACCAGAAAGGAAACAGCCUCCUCGACUGAUAACGGACUUUGAUACGCCUAUCGACAGAGAAUUCCCGUCGAGGGAUUCGAUGAACCCAAAGCCCGAGGAGGGCCACGAACAGCUCGAGACGCUCAGCCCGACUGUCUAUGAUCCGAAAAGUCCGGCGGAGGAGCCCGUGUUGCUCAGUUCGAAGGUCUAUACGCCAACGGAACCGGCUGAGAGGAAGUUGGAGACUCUUAGUCCAAAGGUUUACUCGCCAACAGGCUCAGCUGAAGAGGUGGUGACGCUUAGUGCCAAGACGUACUCGCCUACAACACCUACUAAGGCAAAACUACCUAGUCCUCGUAGCCCGGUAGCUGAUGGCGGGGAAUUGUUGUCGAGUGCGAGGUAUACCCCGUGA